AUGAAGCCGAGUAGUGUCUCUGGAGAAGCGCCGCCGCUGGCUGUCGUCGGUGGCAACUGCAGCAUAUUCGGCUUCGACCGUUUUGGCGCCGAGCGAUACUGGACAGUGACAGGUGACCAGGUGACGUCUAUGACCCUCAUGCCGUGGACCUCAGUACCAGAUUCGGCCUCUGCUCCCCUGUCGCUGCUCGUGGCUUCUGAUGAUUUCGAGGUGCGCGUGUACGAUGGCGAGGAGGCGAUCGCGACGGUGCACGAAGUGGAUCGAGUGCAGAAGCUCGUGCCCCUGUGGCGGCCGUCACAGGCCUCAGACGCGGAGGCUGCCGCGGCUGACAGCGUUGGCCGGUAUGCCUACCUGCUAGAGAACGGCACUGUCGGCAUGUACGAGCGCGGUGAGCGCGUGUGGCGAGUGAGAGGCAAAUCGGUACCGGUGUCUGCCGCCUUCUGCGAUGUGGACGGCGACGGCGUGGCGGAGUUGGUGAUUGGGUGGAGAAACGGGCGGGUUGAGGUGCGCACGGAUCGUGGCGGCAACGGGCUGGAGAAGGGCGGUAGCGUGCUUUUCCGGGAUACCUACUCCAGUGCUGUGGCUGCAGUUCUUUCGGAAGACUAUCGGCAAGAUGGCGUGCCGCUGCCUAUCAUCUGCACUGUGGACGGCACCGUUCGUGGAUUGACGCUGCUCGAGACGCGCAAGGACGAGGCUGCUGAAGUGCGUCAGCUGCAGGUCUUGGAGGCGCUUGUGCACGAAAAGCAGCAGCUGGCCGCGCAGCUUGCCAGUCUCGAGGAACAGCUGACUCGCAAGGUCGCCGGGGAGCGGGACACGACGAUGCCAGAGUCGGGGGUGGAGGUACGCUGUUGCUGCUCGGCAAAUCUUGCAACAAAGUUUGUGGAGGUGCUUGUGGAGCUGACUGGGCCUGCGGCGAAGCGCGGGGACGUCGUCGUGCAUAGCUGUUUCUUGCAGUGCGACAUAUGGGCCACCGCGGCGGAUCAGGAUACCAUAGCCUUUGUGAAUGCGGAGCCUAGUACCACGCUUGCGUGCUGCUUUGCCCACCCCGAUGACGUUCCGCUAAUUGUCAGCGCCUCGGUGGCUGUGGGCCCACCAUUUGGCGACAACUAUCAGAUACAUGAGGUGACCAUCCAGGUUCCCCGCUUCGUGAUGUACCAGCUACCCUACAGGAUUCCUCCAGAGCAGCUACGCCAGCGACAGGGAGCGCCCGUCACCUACCAGAAACCCAACGGGUGCGUGUCACUGCAGUGGCGCGCGUUGCUCCAUCUCGAUGUAAUUGAGGCAUGGCUGCGGCAGUCCUUCUGCCUACCGGGCGAUAUCGCGCUCUUCGACGCUAAAGCGCCGACUGAACCAGUGCUUCACUUGGAGCUUAUUCACGUGCGCGAUGGCAGCAGCUUCGGCAUCGAGGUUCGCAAUGCUACCGCGUCUGGUGCGGCCUUCAACGCAAUUACGCUGUGGUCUGACCACUUGGCGCCAUGUGGGGCGGUUAUCAGUGCCCUCGUGGAGGACUUGAAGGGUGGUUGGGCGGACGAGAAGGCGGACCCGGUGGCGGUUCGGUGCGAGAUGCCCCUCGAGCUGGAGCGGCUACGUGCGAUCUUCGCCAGGGUGGCCGAAUUCAAUGAGGUGCGGAUGAAACUCACGACCGAAAUGGCGGAUGCGGCUGCCAUCGUGAAGACGCUGCUCGGGCGUGCCGAGGACGCACGGCUGCUGGGCGACAUGACCUCCAUGAAGAAAUCAUACUCAGCGCUGUACGACGUUGAUCAGGAACUGCUUGGUGAGAAUGCGAAGCGGAUCAACAACUACGAAGAGCUCAAGCUGGCCUUGAAGGAGGUCAACAGGUGCAUCCAGCAGGCAGCGAUGGUGCGUAUCGGCCCGGCACGUGCACAGCUGAUUGCUAGCUGCCGCAAUGCCUUGAAGGAAAACCAGGUGAACACUCUGCUCGAGAUCAUCCGGACCGGGUCCGAGUAA